AUGUCUUUGGAAUUAAGUAUAAAAUAUAAACCUUAUAAUCUAAAUAAUCUUAAUAAAUUAGAUUAUUAUUCUACUAAUGUGUGUCUAACUUCAAUUGCUUUAGCUAUUGGUAUUUAUGUAUCAGAAUAAUCUAAAUCAUAUGAAAUAUAAAUUCCUUAUGUUAUAAUCAUUACUAUUUUGAACCUUAAUAUUUUAUAUACUUUAAUAUCAAAGAUUGUAAUUGAAUACUUGAAAGAGAAAACCAGUUUUUUUGAUGAAAAGUUUGAUAAACUUCGUAAUCUAAUUAGAGAAAAUUUCCCUUUUCUAGGACAAAUUUCUUUUAUGAAAAGAAUAUUAACAAAUCGUCGUGGAUAACGUGAAAGAAUUACUAAAUUAUACUAAAAAUUAAAAAAAUUCGUAAUUCCUUAAGCUAAAGAAAUUAUUGCCUUGAAAAAUACUUAAUGUUAAAUUGCCAUAGAAAAAUAAAUUGAAUAAAAUAUUGAUAUAUACCCUUUGAGUAUUGGAAAUACAACCUCAGCUAAAGAAAGAUAAUAAUUUAUUGUAAAAUCUUUAUAGGAAAGUUCAUUAAAUUUUCAAACUUCAAAACAAAAAUCCUCAAGAUUGGCUUCAAUUCCUUAUAUCCUAGAUAUCCAAGAUAAAUGA